CUCAGCUGAGGCUGUAAGGGGGGUGGGCGAGCUUGGGUAGGUGUCUGGGCUUUCCUAUUGGGGUUUCACCUCCAGACAAGGGACCCACUCCCCUGCAGGGAGAGCACCGCCCCACAGCUGGCACCAUCAGGGCAUGCCCGGGGUGGGCACAGCGAGCUGGCCAGCAUUUUCCCUUGCUGUCUCAACAUGGGCAACAUCUCCUCUAACAUCUCCUCCUUCCAGUCACUGCACAUCGUUAUGCUGGGCUUGGAUUCCGCCGGGAAGACCACUGUGCUAUACCGCCUUAAGUUCAAUGAAUUUGUGAACACUGUGCCCACCAUCGGCUUUAACACGGAACGGAUCCGGCUGAGCAAUGGGGCAGCAAAGGGCAUCAGCUGCCACUUCUGGGAUGUGGGGGGCCAGGAGAAGCUGCGACCACUCUGGAAAUCAUACAGUCGCUGCACAGAUGGAAUCAUUUAUGUAGUGGACUCUGUCGAUUCAGACCGGCUGGAAGAAGCCAAAACUGAACUGCACAAGGUGACCAAGUUCGCUGAGAACCUGGGCACCCCCCUCCUGGUCAUUGCAAACAAACAGGAUCUGCCCAAAUCCCUGGCUGUGCCUGAGAUUGAAAGGCAGUUGGCACUGCAAGAACUGAGCCCCUCUACCCCUUACCAUGUGCAGCCAGCCUGUGCAAUCAUCGGAGAGGGGCUAACCGAGGGCAUGGACAAGCUGUAUGAGAUGAUCCUCAAGAGGAGAAAGACCCUAAAACAAAAGAAGAAACAGCGAUAACCAUAGGUGCUGAGCUCUGGGUGAUGCUCCACCAAAGAUGCUUGUGCAUAAAUAUAUGCCCACACGAUAAUGGCCACUAGGCUACCAAUCAAUAUGAAAUCUACUUGGCCCCCCAGGGGCCCCAUAUAAGGGUGACAUUUGGGCCUCUAUUUUCUGGUUUAUUGAGUAGAACUAAAUGGAGCCCUCUGGAGUCUUCAGGAAUAACAGGGCCCAGUUCUGUACUACCCUCCCUGGAGGCUACUGGGUUGGUCAGCAGUGCUUGGGCACAUUUAGGCUCAUUUACAAUGGAUUAUUAAGGAUUAAACUUGAUGGACUCACUAUUUUCUUUUCCAACCCAAAAACUAUAAGAAAGAACUAUCUCCUUGCACUGAGUGACAUGAGCUGGACCUUGUUUCACCAGUGGGACUUGAUUUAACCCAGAACAGGGCAGGACCCUGCACUUUAACCCCUUCCAUGCUGAGAGAGACUCGUUAUUGCAGUGCAAUAAGCUGACAACUCUCCCCUUUCCAAUCAUGGAUUUAAACCUUUACUAUAAAUAUAUAUAUGUGUGUAUAUAUCCAAGGAUGACCUGCUGUAAGGACAGGAACAUGGGAAUGGAUUGAAGAGGGACUACUAAUACUACUGUAUUUGGGAUGACAAGGGACAGACAUGGUGCAUUGUAUUCAUUUUCUUGCCAAAUUAAUACUUGAAAAUGUCCAUUGUAUGGUGGUGAUACAUUUAAUGGGGACAGUUACUUGUGUCACUGUCUUACUGUCUUCUGUCCAGCGCUUGAGCUUUACAGAAUAUUGCUUUCUAGCCUGAGCUGUUUUAGUCGCCCCUUUCUUUUUAUGGCAUCUGUGGCUGGUGUUCAUGUGGCUAUAGAUUGUCUCCCUGGCUCCUCUUAUUCCUACCCCCUCCUUCUCUCUCUCUCUCUGCAGGCCAAAGAUUCACAGCCACGACUUCUAAAUGUAACCCCUUCCAUGCUGGAAAGUCCUGUGAAUACCGUGUUAGCUUAACAAGCAGAGACAGGGCUGAUCCUGCACAGAAGGAGCUUGGGGGAUGUGUCCUAAUAUCUUCCUAUACUUAUUUCUGUUGCAUGGGAUUAAAAUUGGGACUGUCUGUUAUUUCUGCAUUUUCUGAUCCAUAUCUGCAUUUUCUGAUGCAUAUAGUUUGCACAAAAUACUAAUAUGAUUGUUGAUUUUGAAUGAUUUCUGCUGGCCUUGCCUGUGUUUUGUUUUUAUUUUACACCCAUUCAGAACAGUGCCGAUUCAUAGGAUACUGUUUAGUUGCUAAUAAUGCCAACAGGUUUAGUUAUAUUCAAUAACAUUGAAAGUAGUAAAAAAAAUACCCAUAGAAUAAAUAUUUUAGUAUUAUGUUCUUUAAUCAGCAUUUUUGCUACAAGUGCCCUGGUGAUGCCAGGGGCCUAGGAUAAAUGCCCUCUCUGUCCCACCCUAAGACUACAGGAAUAAUGUGUGUUUACUCUGCUGAUGUAGAUCUGUGAUCCACUGCCUUCCGCCCCAUGUAUACAUGGAUUUUGGCACACUUUCAUAUUCCUGUGCUGAUAUCUGCCCUGUGUGUGCGCUAACAGGCCAAUGAUGUACUGAGGAAGGUACUGGUGUAUUUAUACCAGCAGAGACAACACACCAUGUGACUAAACCAACCCUGGCUAUUUUUUUUGUCAUACUAAUCUGCUGCGCCUGCACUAAACCAGUGCCCACAAUAAGCCCCUUCACAUUCUUGUGUUUGGCUGGUUUGACAUUUUGUGUAGCCAGGUGAAUGUAAAGGUCUAGCUGCUGUGCCCUCAUCAGUUCAGAUAAUUAAGGUGAUGCCAUUGAUCUGCCUGCUUGUCUCCAUUUGUCCUGACUCCGUCCGAUCAGACAGCGUCAGUGGUCAGUCUGCUCUGUUCCCAUUUCCGUAUGUCCAACUGCGUUUACACUUUUACUGAUGGCGAAUAAAGAAAUAAAUGCAUUUUACAGUAA